UGUUAGGUUUUUGCGGAUAACACGGCUUUCCUGGAGCAAUUGGACGAUUUCUUGUCAUGGUAAAGUCCUCUGAAUCAGGUGAGAUCGAAUCUAUGGAGGGAGUAUUAACAUCGGUUGAUCUGAAUGGCCGCAACAUCAUGCAUUCCAACGGAGAAGAGGAUGAUGACGUAAUUAUGAUACAUGAAGAAAUUACAGAUAAAGUUAUGGUUAAACCUUACCAGAGCAGCAAUGGUCACAGUGUUACUAACAAUGAUGUCCGGUUGCAACUGAAUCUUAAGUCGAGGGAAACAAAUCUGAUUAGGUUCAUCUCGGCAAUAUAGUCUUCUUUAUUGAUUAGAACAACUGUCAAACCUUUAUCCGAUCGUAAUAUUGCUAUUUGUGUUUUCUGGCAGCAUACAGCA